UUAAAAAUUAUAACGAAGUUAUAAAGCCACUUAUUCUCUCUAUCUCUCAAGAAUCCUCUUCGCUGUGAAUCUGUUUGAUUGAUUCAGGUAAAUUGCUAAUUCUGUACUGAAUUCUACCAGAGCAUGACUCGAGCAGAGGAAGACGAGAACAUUCAAUUUGCGUGGGGUAAGAAGAGAGGGCUUGGUGGGAAAAAGAAAGACGUACAAUUUUAUGAAUCGUUUACUUAUGAUGGUGUGGAGUAUGCACUCUAUGACUCUGUUUAUUUAUAUACGGAUAGUGACUCCGAGCCUCAUGUUGGUAAAAUCAUAAAAAUAUGGGAGAAUUCAGACAAGACCAAGAAAGUGAAAAUUCUAUGGUUCUUCCGUCCUUGUGAGAUUCUGAACUAUCUCAAUGGCAACAAAGUUUGCCAGAAUGAAUUGUUUUUAGCAUCUGGUGAUGGUACAGGCCUUACAAAUAUUAAUCCUUUGGAGGCAAUUGCGGGAAAGUGCAAUGUUAUAUGCGUUUCAAAGGACAAUAGAAAUCUACAACCUUCACAAGAAGAACUUCAAAAGGCGGACUUCAUAUUUUACCGUGCUUUUGAUGUCGGGCGCAAGAUGAUCUUGGAUAAGAUAGAUGAUAAAAUUGCGCUAGUUGAUGGUAAGUUUUUACUUAACAAACUCCAUAGUCAGAAAUCUAGUGCUGUUACUGAGCGUGAUCCAGUCAAGAAAGAGGACCUUGGAAAUGCUACGGUUGCCGGUGGUACAACACUUUCUUUUGAGAUGACCGCUUCAGGGGAGCAAAAAACUUUGAAGGCAGACAACUGUUUAAUUGAUAUUCUAGCAAAAGAAAAUGGAGAUUCUAAUGUUUUGAUUACACAACGAAGCUUGUCUAAUGACACGAUCACUUUAAAGUCUAAGGAUGAUCCUGUUAAGGGUCACAGUAAAGCUGGUUUAAUUCUUGCCACUGAAGUUCAAGUUGAAGAGGGGGUGGAAGCAACCGAAGAUUCUGUUAGAUUUGCUAAUAGGCCACUAAAAGAUGACAAACAUGAUAGUUCUGUCAAAGCAUCUGAUAGUAACAAGGAGAUAAUUGUGCAGAAAUUAGUUCGUGAUUCUAGCUGCUGUGAUGCUAAGGCCGUAAGUCAAACAGUCACAGCUUUUGAAGACAAAUCUAAACGUAAAUUUGUAAAGGAUCCCCAGGAGACAGAGUUUAUUUCUUCUAAGAGGCCAAAGCUUGAUGAGAAGCUUACAAAGUUUGCCAAUGAAAAUUUGCCUAGAGAAUCUCCUCAAGAUGUCUCGAAUGAUGAUGCUGUUAGGGGUAAUGGUAAAGUUGGUAAAGUUCCUGCCCCUGCCAUAAGUCAAACAGUCACAGCUUUUGAAGACAAAUCUAAACAUAAAUCUGUAAAGGAUCCCCAGGAGACAGAGUUUAUUUCUUCUAAGAGGCCAAAGCUUGAUGAGAAGCUUACAAAGUUUGACAAUGAAAAUUUGCCUAGAGAAUCUCCUCAAGAAGUCUCGAAUGAUGAUGCUGUUAGGGGUAAUGGUAAAGUUGGUAAAGUUCCUGCCCCUGAUGCUCAAAUAAAAAAGAAGUUAAAGGCUGUAGAAGAUUGUAGCAGAUAUCUGCCAUCAAAAAAUGAUGCACUUAAUUAUUCUAUUCAGCCAUCUGACAGUAAUAAAGAGAAAUCUGAUGGUAAUAAAGGGAAAAUUGUGCAGAAAUUAGUACAGGAUUCUCAAUGUUAUGAUGCCAAGCCUACUGGUAAAACUAUUGCUGUUGUAGAGAAAUCUAGACCUCAACUUAUUAAGGAGUCUGAUGAGAAAAAGAUCAUUUCUUCUAAUAAGCCAAAGGUUGAUGGGAAGCCUAUGCAGUUUUCUAAUGGGAAAUUGCCUGGAGAAUCUUCAAGGGAGGCGUGUAAUGAUAUCAGCAAAGCUAGUAGUAAAAUAUUGGAAGUCACUCGAAGACCAGAAGUUGAUAAAAGCAAAUGGUUUUCAGGACUUCCUUGGGAAGAAAGAAUAAAAGCUGCAAAUGAAAGUGGAAGGGUAGUCUUGCUCCAAAAUUUGGAUCCUUCUUACACUGGAGCAGAAGUGGAGGACAUUGUUUGGCAUGCUUUGAAGCAACAUUGCACAGCAAAAAUUAUUCCACGAGUUGAAUACUCUAGCCCGCACUCUGGUCAAGGUUUUGCUAUAUUUAAAACAAAGGAAGCAGCCGAGACAACUAUCACAAAACUUAAUGAAGGUUGCCUUAUGAUGUCGAAUGGGAGGCCUCUGGUUGGAAGUUUUGCAAAACUUACUUUUCGUGGAAAGCCAUCAACGUUUUUUGGUCACAUGUCUUUUGACAAAACUAGACAACAACAAAUGCAACGUGAGAUGAGAGAAGCUGUAUCUACAUCACAUUGUUCUCAACCCAACACAAUUGAGUAUGACAUGGCUUUGGAAUGGUGCUUAAAACAAGAACAAACAAAGCUAGAAUGGAAGAAAUUGUACCAGCGACAUGGAAAAGAGUUGUCAAAACUCAAGGUUGCUAUGAAGUCGAGAUGAGAUGAAAAGAAUGUCUUGUUCUUCUUGGAAAUGAUUCCUUAAAGAUAUAUUUGGGUCAAGGUUAAUCAAGCACCACAACUUACAGUUGGAAGCCGGUGAUGGUGGAUUUUGGCAUUUGACAAAACGGAACCUCGGAAGUUCUUAAAUUUUGACGAUUUCUUCUGCGGAAAAGGAAGUCCUUUUAAUGUACCUGAUGCGGUGGUUUUGUUGGGUACAUUUAGUCAAUUGUCUGUGAACGACGUCUCUUUAUUUAUUUUUCUGUGUUGCCUCCUUGAUGGUAACAGAUGUGUAAAGUAUAUUAAAUGAAACUCAUCGCGAUGACGAUGCUUUUUCUUGGCUCAAGAAAAGAUGUCUAAUCUUACAGCAAUGUUCAUUACGGCGUGGAAGUAUGAAGCUGCAGGUAUCGUUUUGUUCCUA